CCACCAGCUGCUCUGUCGCUUCCUACAGCACAGUGGUCCCCCUCCUAUGGCCAGGGUACCAUGGGCAGUCUCCAUGCUCUUCCUGGUUGUGCUCCAUUCUUCGGGGGCCUCCUUGGGCCCGACCCAGCACCUGUGUGGCUCACACCUGGUGGACACCCUCUACUUCCUUUGCGGGGAGCGGGGAUUUUACUACAGGCCGAACCGAGCCCACAAGCGGGAUCUGGAAAAUCUGCUUGGGUUCCUGUCGAAAAGGGCCAGCGAGGAGGAGCGGCUGUGGAGGGUUCUGUCUGGCCGUAACCAGCCCAAGGUGAAGAGAGGCAUCGUGGAGCAGUGCUGCCACAAGCCGUGCAGCAUCCACCACCUGGAGGACUACUGCAACUGACCACUCCGCGGCCAGCACUACUCAUAGCUUGUAAAGAGGUCCAGAAGUCAAUUUCUGGGCCCCGACACUCGCUGGCUAUGUCUUAUCAACUGAAGGAAAUAAAGCUUCAUGACCCAUAACCCGAGGCUCCUCUCCUGCAAUGAUGAGAAUUUGUGUUCUUUGUAGCUGGUGGAUGGUGUCAGUGCAACUGUGGGCUGCCGGGCUCAGAGCUUCGGCUACGGUCCUGGAGUGUCCUCUACUGGCUGAGGGGGGAGAUGGCAGAGAUGAUGCAAACACAAGUCACUCAACUGAAUGAAUCU